UGUUGUCAGAUAAGGUUUUCCAGGAAGCCUAAUGUCAAGGUAUUCGGACAGAGGAGGGUUACCAGGACUCUAUUGAGUGCCACUCUGGGUGAUGGACUGCUUCAGUCAAAGACUGAACCCAGUUGAGAUUCCUUCCACACUAAUGCCGUGUCCCCUGCACUUUGCUGCCAACCUUUCCUGGCUUUUUCCGGAGGUGGAUACCCUGCCCCAUCGGGUGGAGGCAGCUGCCCGCGCUGGUUUCCAGGCAGUGGAGGUGGCAUGGCCUUAUGAUACUGAAGCGACAGAGCUGAAGGCGGCAUUGGAGAAAAAUGGAGUGGAGAUUGUACUGAUUAAUACCCCGCCAGGAAACAAAGAAAGAGGAGAACUUGGGCUUGGAGCACAUCCGAAGCAACAGGCUGAAUUCCGCAGAGGACUGGAUCUAGCAGUGCAGUAUGCUAAGGCUGUGCACUGCAAGCGGAUCCAUUUGAUGGCAGGACGCAUUCCAAUGGGUCUAGACAGAGCAACUGUUACCACAGAGAUGGAGGCCACAUUUAUUGAAAAUCUGAAAUAUGCAGCAGACAUCCUCUCAGAGGAGGGAAUCCUGGGGUUGAUCGAACCUAUUAACACACGAAUCACGGAUCCCCGCUACUUCCUGAAUACUCCGCAACAAGCCGUGAAGAUCUUGCAGCGGGUAGAUCGACCUAACCUGAAACUGCAGCUGGACCUGUUCCACUGGCAGAUCAUGGAUGGGAAUCUGACUCAGAACAUCACCAACUACUUCCCUCUCAUAGGACAUGUCCAAGUCGCGCAGGUUCCCAGCCGGAAUGAACCAGAUAGUCCUGGAGAGGUCAACUACAACUACAUCUUCAACCUGCUGGAAAAAUUAGGAUAUAAAGGUUAUAUAGGCUGCGAGUAUACUCCAAAAGGCAAUACAGUUGAUGGCCUUGGCUGGUUGAAGAUGCAGUGGACAGCAAAUUGACUGGCCCUCCUGAAUGUUGGCGAUGGGGAUGAAGAAUGGCUAACCUUCUAUUAAUGAAUAACAGUCUAAUUUCUAUGAAAUCGCUUUGUAAUUCAGUCUGAAUGUACAGCUGACAACAGCAAGUUCAUUUGGGGAAUUGUUCUCUAAAUACUUGAGAACUGGAAUAUAACCAGAUGUAGAACUAAAAAGGCAGCUUGGCUCACCAGACAUGGAUCGUGUGAAAUCUAACUUACCCAGAAGAAGUUCUGCGUGAAAAUUUUGUGAUCCUUACAGAUAACCAAAUGAAGCUUGGCAAUAUUCGUUUCAAAUACCAUUCCAUACCAGCCUGAAAGGACAGUGCAGAAUGUGUCCAUCACUCUGUUCAUUGUAACUGGAUGACUGGGAAUUUGUAAUGAAUAUCUUCUACUUAUAUAAAAAAAGAAUUAAUCUUUCA